UAAUAAUAAUAAUAAUAAAAAAAUAACAAAAUAGAAAUAAAGAAAAAGAAAACUAAAUUCAAUCAAAAUUGUGAGAAAUAAGUUAAAUAACUCAAGGAGAGAGAGAGUGGAAUCUGUUCAUAACCGGGUCCGAAGGUUUUAGCCUUAAACCCUAGCCAACUCCGACUCUGCUUCAAAGCAGUAAAGCCUCCUCCUCCUCUCUCUCUCUCUCACUGUUACGGCCAUGUACCGAGUCGCUGCUUCCUUAGCUUCAUCGUUCAGGUCCCCUACUUCCAGGAAACUGUUAUGCAGUAGGGUUAUAUGUAGCAGAGAUUAUGCUGCAAAGGAUAUCAUUUUUGGGAGUGGGGCUCGUGCAGCCAUGCUAAGUGGUGUUAACGAGCUUGCCGAGGCUGUUAAGGUUACAAUGGGUCCCAAGGGUCGUAAUGUGAUUAUUGAGAAAAGCCAUGGGGAUCCUAAGGUAACAAAAGAUGGUGUCACUGUAGCCAAAAGCAUCAAUUUCAAUGAAAAAGCUAAAAAUGUUGGUGCUGAUCUUGUAAAGCAAGUUGCGAAUGCUACUAAUAAUGCUGCAGGAGAUGGUACCACUUGUGCCACAGUCUUGACUCAGGCAAUAUUCACUGAAGGUUGCAUGUCAGUAGCUGCUGGUGUAAAUGUGAUGGAUUUGCGAAGUGGUAUUAACAUGGCAGUUGAUGCUGUUAUAGCUGACUUGAAGAGCAGAGCAAAGAUGAUAAGCACACCCAAAGAAAUUACGCAGGUGGCCACUAUUUCUGCUAAUGGUGAGCGUGAGAUUGGGGAACUUCUAGCACGGGCAAUGGAGAAAGUUGGAAAGGAAGGAGUCAUUACCGUUGCUGACGGAAACACUUUGGAUAAUGAAUUGGAUGUAGUGGAGGGGAUGAAACUAGCUAGGGGUUAUAUAUCUCCAUAUUUCAUUACUGAUGGGAAGACCCAGAAAUGUGAACUGGAAAAUCCCCUGAUCCUUAUCCAUGACAAGAAAGUUUCAGACAUGAACUCACUUGUGAGAAUAUUAGAGCUAGCUAUAACGAAAAAUCGCCCACUCUUAAUUGUUGCUGAGGAUGUAGAGGGUGAUGCACUAGCGAUGCUUAUUAUCAACAAGCAUCGUGCUGGGGUUAAGGUUUGUGCCAUUAAAGCUCCUGGUUUUGGGGAUAACAGAAGAGCCAAUUUGGAUGACCUUGCCAUUUUUACUGGAGCAGAGGUUUUCAAUGAAGAACAUGGUUUAAGUCUUGACAAAGUUCAAAUUGAUAUGCUUGGUACAGCAAAAAAGGUCACUGUUUCUCUUGAUGACACUAUAAUUCUAAAUGGGGCUGGUGACAAGAAGAUGAUUGAAGAAAGAUGUGAGCAGCUGAGGGCAGCCAUUGAGAAAAUUACUGCCACGUUUGACAAGGAGAAAGCACAGGAGCGGUUGUCAAAGCUAUCUGGCGGUGUUGCGGUUUUCAAGGUUGGAGGAGCUAGUGAGGCAGAAGUCGGAGAAAGGAAAGAUAGGGUUACAGAUGCACUAAAUGCUACAAGAGCAGCUGUGGAGGAGGGCAUUGUUCCAGGCGGUGGUGUUGCUCUCUUGUAUGCCACAAAAGUUCUGAAGAGCCUUCGAACUGCAAAUUAUGACCAGAAAAGAGGAGUCCAAAUUAUUGAGAAUGCUCUUAAGGCUCCUACUUUCACAAUUGUUUCAAAUGCUGGUGGUGAUGGUGCCCUGGUUCUUGGCAAGCUAUUGGAACAAGAUGAUCUUAAUUUGGGUUAUGAUGCUGCCAAAGGUAAGUAUGUUAACAUGGUGGAGGCUGGGAUAAUAGAUCCUCUCAAAGUUGUCAGAACAGCGUUAGUAGAUGCUGCCAGUAUCUCGUUGCUAUUGACAACCACCGAGGCAAUUGUUGUGGAUCGUCUGGGGGAGGUAAACCCACUUGCAAAUCGAAUGCCAAAUAUGGAUGACAUGGGCUACUGAUUUGGGUGACAGAAUUUGAGGAUAUGAUAUUAUUGAGACGCCGAAUGAGAAUUCAGGCUUUCAUUCUUUUUUGGGAGUUGCAAAAAAUUUCAUUUAGAGACCGAAACAAUUCAGAAAAUUAUGAGAUAGCUGAUAGAAGUUGUGAAAGUGCAAGCAUGGUCACCAUACCAUCUUUAUGGAAAAGAGACUUGAGAUUUAUGUUACAGUAAUGUUAACACCGGUUUAGUGUUGAGUACUACACCUGGUUUGAUGUAAAUAUUUCCAGUAAAUGACUAAAUAGUGCAUGGUGGUAGAUCUUUAAACCUUAAUCUUGAAUCAAUUGUGCUUAAUCCAAGGGGUGGGGUAAACCAAGUGAAUCCAUUGCAUCAAUAGAUGAUCACAUUGAAGAUCUUGGUCAUAUAGACCAGCAUGGCAUACUCCAUCCUAAUGUGCAACAACAUGACAGUACAAGCUUCAUUUGAAGAUGGCAAUUACAGUGACUUCUAUUUUUAUUUUUUUUCAAUCGUCAAUAUUGGUUCAAGGGUAGAAGGUUAAAUUGCUUGUUGUAAGGGCAAAAUAUGUGGUCUGUAAUUUGCCAUUACAUUCUACUUUUCACAUUUUUGGAAACUUCAAAUGAUGAUUUGUUUUUAGAGUUAUAAACCAGACCUUUUUUUUCUCUGUUAUAAAAAUAAUAAUAAUAAUAAAAAAAAAAAAAAAAGCCCUAACUUUCCUAUUGUUUUAGGAAAUUUCUGGUGAA